AUGUCCUCCACCGCCGCCCGAGCCCUAACGUCCGUCUCCCGCGCAGCCUUCUCCUGGAAGCCGACGGGGCGCCCGCAGCAAACGCUGGCGGCGGCGGUGAGCAGGUCGGGCGUGGGGCUCCACUUGGGAGCGUGCGUCACCGCCACGCUGUUCCCGACGCAAGCUGGCGAGGGUAGGUAUUUCCUCGUGGAGGGUGAGGAGGAGGCGAGGGUGGCGGCAGAGGUGAGGAACGCCGAGCCACGGUCGCAGCUCUGCACGACGCUUAGGCGAGGCGAAGGCGCCCACACGCGGGUCCGGACGGUGGAGCACCUUCUCUCGGCGAUGGAGGCGCUUGGCGUCGACAACUGCCGUAUCGAGCUUAGCGGCGGUGACGAGAUUCCUUUGCUUGAUGGAUCAGCGCAAGAGUGGGUAGAAGCAAUACAAAGCGUUGGCUUGUGUGCGGCAGAGGAUGCCAAUGGGCAAAAGUUGGAUAAACUGGCGCCUGAAAUUCAUGAGCCUGUUUACCUACGGAGAGAUGAUUGCUUUAUAGCUGCAUUCCCUAGCUCGCAAAUCCACAUCACCUAUGGCAUUGAUUUCCCAAAGGUGCCAACGAUUGGGUGUCAAUGGGUUUCUACAUACCUGGAUGAUAAUAUAUACUCAAGCAAGAUUGCGCCUGCAAGAACUUUCUGUAUAUUUGAAGAGGUUGAAGAAAUGCGUGCUGCUGGACUCAUCAAAGGAGGGUCACUAGAAAAUGCUAUGGUUUGCAGCAUAUCUGGUGGUUGGCUGAAUCCACCACUGCGGUUCGAGGAUGAACCUUGCCGCCACAAGAUUUUAGAUCUUAUUGGUGACUUCUCGCUGUUUGCACAGAACGGUAACCAGGGUUUUCCAAUUGCUCAUAUAAUUGCCUAUAAGUUAACAACUGCCCCAUAA